GGGACAUCACAGCAAGGACCUCGUAUGCAGUGCAUGGGCGAAGCUGGCGCUGGCGGCCGCCUCUCCCACCCGUGUCACAGCUCAUGCACGCUGCCACCCGAACACACCCAGAUAAUCCCGGAGCGAGCUCGGGCCGAGGCAGGCAGGGCGCUGGGCAGGCGGCCGUGCCACAAGCAGCAGCACCAUGUUCAACCUGAUGAAGAAAGACAAGGAGAAGGAUGGGGCCAGGAAGGAGAAGAAAGAAAAGAAGGAAAAGAAGGAGCGGAUGUCGGCGGCCGAGCUCAAGAGCCUGGAGGAGAUGAGCAUGCGGAGGGGCUUCUUCAACCUCAACCGUGCGUCCAAGCGGGACUCCAAGGCGCGCCUGGAGAUCUCCAACCCCAUCCCCAUCAAGGUGGCCAGUGGCUCUGAUCUGCACCUCACCGACAUCGACUCCGACAGCAACCGGGGCAGCGUCAUCCUGGACUCAGGCCACCUGAGCACGGCCAGCUCCAGCGACGACCUCAAGGUGGACGACGCCAACUUCAAGGGCUCAGUGCUGCAGCGGGCGGCCAAGUUUGGCUCCUUGGCCAAGCAGAACUCACAGAUGAUCGUUAAGCGCUUCUCCUUCUCACAGAAGAGCCGCGAUGAGAGUGCAUCGGAGACCUCCACCCCCUCGGAGCACUCAGCAGCCCCCUCCCCGCAGGUGGAGGUGCGCGCGCUGGAGGCUCAGCUCUCCAAGCAAGGCACACCCCAAGGGCAUCCCCGCACCCCUCCUGUGCCCUCCACGCUCUCCAGACCCCCAGAGCUGGUGAGCAAGAGGUUUCCUGCAGAGCUGCGCCUGCCCGCCCUGGUGCCCCCGCAGCCCCCGGCACCUCGGCAGCUGGAGCUGCAGAGACGCAAUACCGGCGAUUUUGGCUUCUCGCUGCGCCGCACCACCAUGUUGGACUGUGCCCCUGAUGGCCAGGUGUACCGCCGCGUCGUGCAUUUUGCUGAACCCGGCGCCGGCACCAAGGAUUUGGCACUGGGAUUGGUGCCGGGCGAUCGCUUGGUGGAGAUCAACGGGAAGAAUGUGGAGAACAAAACACGGGAUGAGAUCGUGGAGAUGAUCCGGCAAUCCGGUGAGACGGUGCAGCUGAAGGUGCAGCCCAUCCUGGAGCUGAGCGAGCUGAGCCGCUGCUGGCUGCGGGGUGCCGAGGGGACGCGCCGUGCCGCAUGGGAUCUGGACCCUGUCACCCCGGCCCCCAGCCAGGGACAAGCAGAGGAUGCUCCCUCAGCCCCCGUCGGCCCCAGCCCUGCUGCAGCUCAGGCCAAGACAGAGGAGCAAAUUGCUGCUGAGGAGGCUUGGUAUGAGACCGACAAGGUGUGGCUGGUGCACAAGGACGGCUUCUCCUUGGGCAGCCAGCUGCGGCCGGAGGAGCCCAGCGCCCUGCCCGAGGGCAAGGUGAAGGUGAAGCUGGACCACGACGGAGCUGUCCUGGAGGUGGAAGAGGACGACGUGGAGAAGGCGAACCCUCCGUCCUGUGAGCGCGCGGAGGACCUCGCCAGCCUCCUCUACCUCAACGAGUCCAGCGUCCUGCACACGCUGCGCCAGCGCUAUGGCAGCAACCUCAUCCACACCUACGCCGGCCCCGCCAUGGUGGUCAUCAACCCGCUGAGCUCCCCUUCCAUGUAUUCUGAGAAGGUGAUGCACAUGUUCAAGGGGUGCCGCCGGGAGGACACGGCCCCGCACAUCUACGCCGUGGCGCAGGCCGCCUACCGCAGCAUGCUGAUGGGCCGCCAGGACCAGGCAGUGGUGCUGCUGGGUGCCAGCGGCAGUGGCAAGACCACCAACUGCCAGCACCUCAUCCAGUACCUCGCCACCAUCGCCGGCAGCACCGGCAAGGUCUUCUCCGCGGAGAAGUGGCAGGCGCUCUACACGGUCCUGGAGGCUUUUGGCAAUAGCAGCACCAGCAUGAACGGCAAUGCCACGCGCUUCUCCCAGAUCAUCUCCCUGGAUUUCGACCAGGCUGGGCAGGUGGCGUCUGCCUCCAUACAGACGCUGCUGCUGGAGAAGCUACGUGUUGCUCGGCGCCCGGCCAACGAGGCCACCUUCAAUGUUUUCUACUACCUGCUGGCCUGCUCCGACAGCACCCUGCGGACAGAGCUGCACUUCAACCACCUGGCGGAGAACAACGUGUUUGGCAUCGUGCCCCUCACCAAGCCAGAGGAAAAACAGAAGGCCACCCAGCAGUUCAACAAGCUGCAGGCUGCCAUGAAGGUGAUGGGCAUCUCCAGCGAUGAGCAGAAAGCCUUCUGGCUGGUCCUGGGGGCCAUCUACCAUCUGGGGGCUGCUGGAGCCACCAAAGACGCCGACGAAGCUGGCAGGAAGCAGUUUGCACGACACGAGUGGGCUCAGAAAGCCGCCUACCUGCUGGGCUGCAGCCUGGAGGAGCUCUCCUCCUCCAUCUUCAAGCACCAGCCCAAGGGCAGCCUGCAGCGUUCCACCUCCUUCCGACAGGGCCCCGAGGAGCCGGGCAUGGGUGAUGGCACAGGUCCCAAGCUGACAGCGCUGGAGUGCCUGGAGGGCAUGGCUGCAGGCUUGUACUCGGAGCUCUUCACCCUGCUUAUCUCUCUGCUUAAUAGGGCACUCAAGUCAAGCCAGCACUCGGUGUGCUCAGUGACGGUGGUGGACACCCCUGGGGCACAGAACCCCGAGGUGGUGGGGCAGAGCCGAGGGGCCACCUUUGAGGAGCUGUGCCACAACUACGCCCAGGAGCGCCUGCAGCUCCUCUUCCACCAACGCACCUUCGCCCAGGAGCUGGAGCGCUACAAGGAGGAAAACAUAGAGCUCGCCCUGGCUGACACAGAGCCCACUUCCUGGGGCUCUGUAGCUGCUGUAGACCAGCCCUCCCACCAGGCACUGGUCCGCUCACUGGCGCGCACUGACGAGGCACGGGGGCUGCUGUGGCUGCUGGAGGAGGAGGCCCUGCAGCCAGGCGGCAGCGAGGACACCUUGCUGGAGCGGCUCUUGGCCUACUAUGGCCCCCAGGAGGGGAGCAAGAAAGGGCAUGACCCGCUGCUGCCCAGCGACAAACCCCGGCACUUCUUCUUGGGCCACAGCUCAGGCACCAACUGGGUGCACUACGAUGCCACGGGCUGGCUCAACCACGUCAAGCACAAUCCGGCCACCCAAAACGCCUCCGUGCUGCUUCAGGAGUCACAGAAGAAGAUCAUCAGCAGCCUGUUUGCGGGGCGCGGCAGCUCGGCGCUGGUGCUGUCGGGCUCGGUGGCAGGGCUGGAAGGGGGCUCACAGCUGGCCCUGCGCCGGGCCACCAGCAUGCGAAAAACCUUCACCACCGGGGUGGCCGCAGUCAAGAAGAAAUCGCUGUGCAUCCAGGUCAAGCUGCAAGUGGAUGCCCUCAUCGACAGCAUCAAGAAAUCCAAGCUGCACUUUGUGCACUGCUUCCUACCCAAAGCGGCGGGGAGCGGUGGGGACCCCCGAGGGCCGCCGUGCCGCCGGGUGAGCGGCAGUGAGCUGGAGCUGCCUGCCGAGCACUGCGAGCCCGCGGGGCUGAUGCAACUGGAUGUGCCCCUGCUGCGCGCACAGCUCCGCGGCUCCCGCCUGCUCGAUGCCCUCCGCAUGUACCGCCAAGGCUACCCUGACCAUAUGGUGUUUGCUGAGUUCCGGCGGCGCUUUGACGUGCUGGCCCCACACCUCACCAAGAAGCACGGCCGCAACUACAUCGUGGUGGAUGAGAAGCGGGCAGUCGAGGAGCUCCUGGAGUCGCUGGACCUGGAGAAGAGCAGCUAUCACAUGGGUCUGAGCCGGGUGUUUUUCCGUGCUGGCUCACUGGCCAGGCUGGAGGAGCAGCGGGACGCGCAGACCAGCAGGAACAUCACCCUGUUCCAGGCGGCGUGCAGGGGCUUCCUGGCACGGCAGCACUUCAAGAAGAGGAAGAUCCAGGAUUUGGCCAUCCGCUGCGUGCAGAAGAACAUCAAGAAGAACAAAGGGGUGAAGAACUGGCCCUGGUGGAAGCUCUUCACCACCGUGAGGCCCCUCAUCGAGGUGCAGCUCACUGAGGAGCAGAUCCGUGGCAAAGACGAAGAGAUCCAGCAGCUGAAGAGCAAACUUGAGAAAGUAGAGAAGGAGCGCAACGAACUGCGGCUCAACAGCGACCGCCUGGAGAGCAGGAUCACGGAGCUGACAUCGGAGCUGACAGACGAACGCAACACGGGCGAGUCAGCCUCGCAGCUGCUGGACGCUGAGACGGCCGAGAGGCUGCGUGCCGAGAAGGAGAUGAAGGACCUGCAGGCAAAGUACGAUGCUCUGAAGAAGCAGAUGGAGUCCAUGGAGAUGGAGGUGAUGGAGGCUCGGCUCAUCCGUGCGGCCGAGCUCAACGGGGAGCUGGAUGACGAUGACUCAGGUGGCGAGUGGCGGCUGAAAUACGAGCGGGCGGUGCGGGAGAUCGACUUCACCAAGAAGCGGCUGCAACAGGAGCUGGAGGACAAGCUGGAGGUGGAGCAGCAGGGCAAGAGGCAGCUGGAGCGCAGGCUGGCAGAUCUGCAGGCGGACGGUGAGGAGAGCCAGCGGGCGCUGCAGCAGCUGAAGAAGAAGUGCCAGCGGCUGGCGGCCGAGCUGCAGGACACCAAGCUGCACCUGGAGGGCCAGCAGGGCCGCAACCACGACCUGGAGAAGAAGCAGCGCAGGUUUGAUGGAGAGCUGUCGCAGGCGCACGAGGAGGCGCAGAGGGAGAGGCUGCAGCGGGAGAAGCUGAGCCGUGAGAAGGACGUGCUGGUGGCUGAGGUGUUCAGCCUCAAGCAGCUGCUGGAGGACAAAGAUGCAGACAUCGCCGGGCUGACGCAGCGGGCGGAGGCGCUGGAGGCAGAGCUACAGGACAUCUCCUGCCAGGAGUCCAAGGACGAGGCGUCUCUUGCCAAGGUGAAGAAGCAGCUGCGCGACCUGGAGGCCAAGGCGAAGGACCAGGAGGAGGAGCUGGAUGAGCAGGCUGGCACCAUCCAGAUGCUGGAGCAGGCCAAGCUGCGCCUUGAGAUGGAGAUGGAGCGGCUGCGGCAGACCCACGCCAAGGAGGUGGAGAGCCGUGACGAGGAGGUGGAGGAGAUCCGGCAGUCGUGCCAGAAGAAGCUGAAGCAGAUGGAGAUGCAGCUGGAGGAGGAGUAUGAAGACAAGCAGAAGGUGCUGAGAGAAAAGCGGGAGCUGGAGAGCAAACUGUCUGCAGUCAAUGAUCAGGCCAACCAGAGGGACUUCGAGACAGAGAAGCGCCUGCGCCGCGACCUGAAGAGGACGAAAGCACUGCUGGCCGAUGCACAGAUCAUGCUGGACCACCUGAAGAACAACGCGCCCAGCAAGAGGGAGAUCGCCCAGCUCAAGAACCAGCUCGAGGAGUCCGAGUUCACCUGCGCAGCCGCUGUCAAAGCCCGCAAGUCCAUGGAGGUGGAGAUUGAAGACCUCCACCUGCAGAUUGAUGACCUCUCCAAAGCCAAAGCAGCGCUGGAAGAGCAGCUGAGCCGACUGCAGCGGGAGAAGAAUGAGGUGCAGAGCCGCCUGGAGGAAGACCAGGAGGACAUGAAUGAGUUGAUGAAGAAGCACAAAGCAGCAGUGGCCCAGGCAUCCCGUGACCUGGCACAGAUGAACGACCUCCAGGCACAGCUGGAGGAGGUCAGCAAGGAGAAGCAGGAGCUGCAGGAGAAGCUGCAAGGGCUGCAGAGCCAACUGGAGUUCCUGGAGCAGUCCAUGGUGGACAAGUCACUGGUGAGCAGGCAGGAGGCCAAGAUCCGUGAGCUGGAGACCAGGCUGGAGUUUGAACGGACACAAGUCAAGCGCCUGGAGAGCCUGGCCACGCGGCUGAAGGAGAACAUGGAGAAGCUGACGGAGGAGCGGGACCAGCGAGCAGCUGCCGAGAACAGGGAGAAGGAGCAGAACAAGAGGCUGCAGCGGCAGCUCCGUGAUGUCAAGGAGGAGAUGGGCGAGCUGGCCAAGAAGGAGGCGGAGGCCAGCCGCAAGAAGCACGAGCUGGAGAUGGACCUGGAGAGCCUGGAAGCUGCCAACCAGAGCCUGCAGUCAGACCUGAAGCUGGCCUUCAAGCGCAUCGGGGACCUGCAGGCUGCCAUCGAGGAUGAGAUGGAGAGUGACAGCAAUGAGGACCUCAUCAACAGUUUGCAGGACAUGGUGGCAAAGUAUCAGAAAAGAAAGAGUAAACUCGACGGUGACUCGGAUGUGGACUCAGAGCUGGAGGACCGUGUGGAUGGAGUGAAGUCGUGGCUGUCCAAGAACAAAGGCUCCUCCAAAGCGCUCUCAGAUGAUGGCAGCCUGAAGGGCAGCAGCAGGUGGGUGCAGGUCUGGGUGCCGGCAGCGUGGCUAAGGCUGGGCAUUGUGCAUGGUGUCAGGAGAAGUGUGAAUCUGGUGAGCAGCUCAGUCUCCACUGGGGACACAUGUAACCAAGUGCUAGCACGUCCACAGCUUCACACACAUUUGGGGAUAUCCCUGACCCCUCAGCAUUCUAGCUCUGUAUGCAGCCUCCCCAAAUGGGCAGCAGUGAUGGACUCCAUCUUUUCUCACUGGCAGCUCUACCAAAUCCCUCCAUCAUCCCACAUCCCUCCAUCAUCCCUCAUCCCUCCAUCAUCCCACAUCUCUCCAUCAUCCCACAUCCCUCCAUCAUCCCUCAUCCCUCCAUCAUCCCACAUCCCUCCAUCAUCCCACAUCCCUCCAUCAUCCCUCAUCCCUCCAUCAUCCCACAUC